CCCCCCGCGGACGCAGCGUGUCCCUUUUUGGGGAAUUCUUCUUCUGCUUACUCUAGUGCGGGUGGGGCUGAGACAGAGAGGGAGUUCUCCAUUUCACGGCUCCUGCCUGGUCCCCUGGCAGCCUCCUGCCCCAAAUCUCCCCACUCUUUCCCCAGCACCUGUGGUCGCGUAAACAACUCCCUUGCUCCAGUCACGGCUCUGUGGCCCCAGGUGGCCAGCCCGUUCAAUCUGGUGAAACCAAUGGGGUCAGGGGGAGGGGAAAGAGAGGGAGCCCCCGGUCCUGUCAGUUCCCCCUGGGUUUCUCCCUCCCCUUCCCCCCUGCAAGCGCAGACGGCCCCAGGGGCCCUGGAUAUUUUUAGCGUUGUGACCUGGGCGGCAGCUCUAAGAGCCUUUCCCAGGAAUCGGCGUCAGCGCCUCCCUUCUCCGUGGCCGAAUCGCGGCCACACUGGCUCCCCGUCGUAGCACUCCCUGGCCCGCUUGGGUUUGGAUCCGUCUUGAGCUGGCUCCAGCGCCUUUGGAGCAGGCCCGAGCCUGGGAUAGACCGAGUCCAGAUGAGAUGGCCCGUGGAGGAUGCGGAUGUGGUCCCAAGCUGGAAACUACCCUGCCCUGGUGAUGGGUUCAGAGCAGAAUGCCAGGAAUGAGACUGAAUGAAUGGAAGUGAAUGCACAGGGCCUGGACUGGCCUGGAACUUUUGGUAUUCUGGAAAGCUCUCAGCCCUGGGAGUCAAGAGGCCUGGCCUGAAUUGGACCCACGAUCUGCCUUUCCAAUUCCUACUCAUUGGCCAGUAGGGAGAUAAGAUGGUGAGAUGUGUCAGAAGAGGGGAACAAAUAAAGAACUGUUGGAGUUCGUAGACAAGAUGGUGGUUCUCUAAAUAGCUCACCUUCACAAGCCGUGUUUUCAGGAAGGGGCUGACAUGGACCCAAAUCCUCGGGCAGCCCUGGAGCGGCAACAGCUCCGCCUUCGGGAGAGGCAGAAAUUCUUCGAGGAUAUUUUACAGCCAGAGACAGAAUUUGUCUUCCCUCUGUCCCACCUGCAUCUUGAGUCACAGAGGCCCCCCAUAGGUAGUAUCUCAUCCAUGGAAGUGAAUGUGGACACACUGGAGCAAGUAGAACUUAUUGAUCUCGGGGAUCAGGAUGGAACAGAUGUGUUCUUGCCUUGUGAAGAUCCUCCACCAACGCCCCAGACUUCUGGGGUGGAUGACCAUCUAGAGGAGCUGAGCCUGCCAUUGCCGGCGCCAGACAGGACUACAUCCCGGACCUCCUCCUUGUCUUCUGACUCUUCCACCAACCUGCAUAGUCCAAAUCCAAGUGAUGGUGGAGCAGAUACACCCUUGGCACAGUCUGAUGAGGAGGAAGAUGGGGGUGAUAGAGGAGCAGAGCCCGGAACCUGCAGCUAGCAGCGGCCCCCUGCUGCAGACUGACCAAGCUGGCUAUUCUCCAAGUGGGACCCUAGGCCCAGCCAGAGCUCUUCAGGAGAAGACCAGACACUACGCUUACAGUCAGCACCAAAAGGAGGGGAGGAUGGUGGGAUAGUGUACCUCUCUGAGCGUUAACCCUCUCCUGCUUUUCUGCUAACCUUUUCCUGCUGCAACCCUUUCACCAGUUUUUGGCUUACUUCUGAGGUAGGACUUUUAAAUGGGGAGUUGGAAGAUGAGGAAGGACAAGAUGCUAUUGCUUUUCUUAGCACUCCUCCCUCCCUCCCUCAAAUCAUCCUGUAGUUUUCCAGUAGAGCCUCCUAAACUAGUGUCUCUAAGUGGACGUGAACUCCUUAGCACCCCAUAUGAGAUGGAACGCCAGUUAUCCUGCCUCCUUAUAUCCUUUUUGGAACAAGACACAGUAUAAAUAAUAAACAAAUAAUAUACCAAC